AUGGAAAGCAAUGGCCCCACUAGGAGCACAUCUCCAGAAAGCAAAGGCCCCACUAAGAGCACACCUCCGGAAAGCAGUGACCCCACUAGGAUCACACCUCUGACCUGCAGUAUCCCUACGAGGAGCAAGCCUCCAGAAAGCAGUGACCCCAUGGGAGCACACCUCCUGAAAGCAGCGUCCAGUUUAGGAGCACACCUCCAGAAAGCUGUGUCCCCUUUAGGAGCACACCUCCUUAAAGCAGUUUCCCCAGUAGGAGCAUACCUCUGGAAAUCAGUGACCCCACUUGGAGCACACCUCUAUAAUGCAGUGGCCCCACUAGGAGCACACCUCCAGAAAAGAGUGUCACCACCAGGGGAACCCCUCCAGGAAGCACUGCCCCCACUAGGCGCACACCUCUGGAUAGCAAUGGGCCCACUAAGAGCACACCUCCAGAAAGCAGUGUCCCCUUUAAGAGCACACUUCCAGAAAGCAGUUUCCCCAGUAGGAGCAUACUUCUGGAAAUCAGUGGCUCACUAG